AUGCGGCGCAUUUGUCUUGUUGCACUUAUCGGCCUGCCAGCAGCCGGCAAAUCCUCGCUGUGCUCCUGGCUGCUGGGUCAGCAGACUGCCCUCCGCGUCCGCCACAUUGUUCAUCUGUGCUACGACGACUUCCUCGACGCUACACCUUCGGCCGACUUGGCCUACAAGGAGCAGCGCGGCCGCAUUUUUAAAUUAAUUGAAAAACUCAUUUCCGCCAUUCAAGAAGACGCCGAUUGGCCGCCUCAGGUGCGCCGCAUUUCCUCAAGCGGCGACUACAACACGGGAAGGCAUCUCAUCCUGUGCGACGAUAACUUCUAUUACCGCAGCAUGCGCUACAAGCUCUACCAGCUGUGCCGAGACUCUGGCUGCAUCUUCGGACAGAUAUACAUGGCCACUUCGCUGGACUCCUGUCUGCAGGCAAACUCCCUUAGGAGCGAUGCCACUCGAGUGCCGGUGGACGUGGUGCGGCAGAUGAACGAGCGGCUAGAGGUGCCAGACACUUCGGAAGCCUGGGAACGCAACAGUCUCACACUUAAUGGUCUCGACAUGGAUGCCACGGGAUCUGCGUUGCUUGCUUUCAUUGCAGCUCUGCUCGAUUUGCCCGCAAAGGAGACGACGUCGGACUUGCCACCGGCGGCAGCAAGAGGACUACGGCAAGAUCAGUCUCUGGUGCAUCGCCUGGACUUGCUCCUGCGGACGCGCAUUGGGGCGUUGCUCGAACGACUGACACAAGAGGAGGACAAGCGCUUGGCGGGCCAAACACUGAACAGUAGGCGCAAGGAAAUAUUGACCAAAUUCCGCACAGAGGUCGGCGGCAAACAGAUGGACGGCGAAGGUGAGGGCGACGCCUUGGAUUACUAUGUAAAUUUGUUAAACUAGGCUAAGAUAAGCUAAAUUCGUUUGUAUGCCACACAAUUGUGUACGUAGCGACCUAAAUACAUACAUAUGUGUUACUAAA